GAAAUAGGCUGAUUUGAAUAGAUGAGCCCCUCCUUUUUCAUUCCAUCUGCCCUCCUAGGGCUCGUCAGAGGUUCAACGUGAAUGGUUGGUCGAUGCCUCAAAGGUGCUUCAACAUAAAAGCUUCACGAGGAUGAUCUCGCUGUGCUCUGUACGUAGCAUAUGAAAAGGAGUAAGCUGUGAAUCCGUUAGUCUUUUGUUUUUGAUUAAUCAAGAUGAGCCACCAACCUUCAGUGAUUCUUGCGACAGCAAGUUAUGAUCAUACCAUCCGAUUUUGGGAGGCUAAGAGUGGACGAUGUUAUCGAACUAUUCAAUACCCAGAUUCUCAAGUUAAUCGGCUUGAAAUCACCCCAGAUAAACAGUACCUUGCUGCUGCGGGAAAUCCUCAUAUUCGAUUAUUUGAAGUUAACUCAAACAGUCCUCAACCGGUGAUAAGCUAUGAUUCACAUACUAAUAAUGUUAUGGCUGUGGGGUUCCAAUGUGAUGGAAAUUGGAUGUAUUCAGGUUCUGAAGAUGGCACUGUAAAGAUUUGGGAUUUGAGGGCUCCAGGCUGUCAAAGGGAAUAUGAAAGUCGUGCAGCUGUCAACACUGUUGUUCUACAUCCAAAUCAGACAGAACUAAUAUCUGGGGAUCAAAAUGGAAAUAUACGUGUUUGGGAUUUGACCGCAAAUUCUUGUAGCUGUGAGUUGGUUCCUGAAGUUGAUACAGCUGUCAGGUCUCUGACGGUAAUGUGGGAUGGCAGCUUGGUUGUUGCUGCAAACAAUCAUGGAACAUGUUAUGUGUGGCGCUUGUUGCGUGGGAACCAGACGAUGACUAACUUUGAACCACUUCAUAAGUUGCAAGCACACAAUGGCUAUAUCCUGAAGUGUUUACUUUCACCCGAGUUCUGUGAACCCCACAGAUAUCUGGCCACUGCAUCAUCUGACCACACUGUCAAGAUAUGGAACGUUGAUGGUUUCACCUUAGAGAAAACUCUAAUUGGACAUCAGCGCUGGGUUUGGGACUGUGUGUUCUCUGUAGAUGGUGCCUAUUUAAUAACAGCAUCCUCUGAUACAACAGCAAGACUUUGGACUAUGGCAACUGGGGAAGCCAUAAGAGUGUACCAAGGGCAUCACAAGGCAACUGUUUGCUGUGCACUUCAUGAUGGUGCGGAAUCAUCUCCGUCUUGAAUCUGUACCAAUGAUAAAAUGUCAAUACACAAUGUAUAAAAAGAUGUUGAAUGGUGUUUCUUGUCAUGCCUGUGUUUCUUUUUGAGCUUCCAUCUUGCUGGGUUCUGUUUAUAUUUCAGAUUUUGGACCCAUUAAUUUUAAUAUAUGUUCUUUUACUUUGAAA